AUGCCCGAAGGUGUUGAAGAAGUUCCUACCAUCGGCAUUAUUUAUCCACCACCAGAAGUAAGGAAUAUUGUCGAUAAAACUGCCAGUUUUGUAGCACGAAAUGGACCAGAAUUUGAGUCUCGUAUUCGUCAAAAUGAAUUGGGCAAUCCCAAAUUCAAUUUUCUUACCCAAGGCGAUCCUUACCAUGCAUACUAUGUACACAAAGUCAAAGACCUCAGGGAAAAAGCUGCACAAGAACCAACCUUACCACCUAAAGAAACAAAAAGCAUGUCAACUGCUACCCAACUUAAACAACAAGAGCUUCUAAAACAAGUACAGGAAGCAAUAUUUGUACCAAAAGAUCCGCCAAAAGAAUUUGAAUUCAUUGCUGAUCCUCCAUCAAUAUCAGCUCUUGACUUAGACAUAGUGAAGCUUACAGCAUUAUUUGUUGCUCGUAAUGGCAGACAGUUUUUAACCAAUCUGAUGGCAAGAGAACAACGUAACUUUCAGUUUGACUUUUUACGUCCACAACAUUCACUAUUUCAAUAUUUCACAAAGCUUCUUGAACAGUAUACUAAAGUGUUGAUGCCUCCUAAAGAUCUUAUGAAGUGUUUAAAAGAAGAAAGUUACGAUCGACAACAAAUUUUAGAUGAUGUCAAAUAUCGUUCUGAAUGGCAAAAACACCAAGAUGCUUUACGUAGAAAAGAAGAACAGCUUAUAGAAAAAGAAAGAUUGGCCUAUGCUCAGAUUGAUUGGCAUGAUUUUGUUGUUGUUGAAACUGUUGACUUUCAAUACGGUGAAAUUGGCAAUUUUCCUCCACCAACUACACCAGAUCAAGUUGGUGUGCGUACAUUGAUGCAAGAACGUGUAGAUAAUGGAGAAGAAGCUGUUGAAAUGAGUGAUGCAGAAGACGAUAUGCAGGUAGACAGUGAUGAUGAAAUGGAGAAACGAGUUAAUGGUAGGAUGUAUGCACCAGAAAGUGAACUCAGAGUACCUGGUGAAGAGAAAUCCAGUAGAGACAACAACCAGGUUCAAGACAUGGAUGAAUCAUCCAGUGAUGAAGGAUGCGGCUGUUCCAGAAAAGGUUAUUGUGAAAAAGUGAUACAAUCCAAACAAAUUGUUCGAGCACCAGUUAAAGCACCUCCUGAAGAAUAUUUAAUAUCUCCAAUUACUGGUGAAAAGAUACCUGCAAGCAAAGUCCAAGAACAUAUGAGGAUUGGAUUAUUAGAUCCCGUUGGUUAG